AUGGCAGCGUCAUUGGCAAGCCUGGUGCAGCUGGAGAGGCAGUUGGCCAAGGAGAAAGAAGACGUCCUGGACCAGCUUGCCGGCUGGGAUGAAGAGAUUGGCUGGAAGAAGCACGUCGUGUCCGAAUUGGAGAAGACGCUGGAAGCUCUUCGGUCAGGAGGUUCCGGGCCUCGAACUGCCGCAGAGGUCAGAGGAGCAGUGACGGCGCAGAACUCCUCCGUGGACGAUGGGCAGCAGAAGGAGGAAAACGAUGAGCUGUCGCGUCGGCUCGCUGCAGCCCUUGCUGAUUUGCCGACGACGUCUACAGACCGAUGGGACCAGGCGAGCUUUGAAGCCCAAUUCAACCGCAGCGCGGACGGCCAGCUUGCAGACUUUUUGGGAACCCUCGAACCGGAACAGCGGCUGGUGUGGGAAUUGCAAAACCCGCCGGAGGCAAGCCCAAAGCUCGACAGAAGGCUCCUGGCUGAUUUGAAAGAUGCUGGAAAGAGUGCAGAGGCCGAAGUGCUCGUGGCGGCAGCAGGGAAACCCUCGGAAGCAGAGGAGCAGUAUCGAUCGCUGCUGUGGAUACGCUACAAGACGCUGAAUGCGUCCCAUGCUGAGCAAGGUGCUGGCGGACAGUCGCUGCUCACGUUAGCAUGCAGAAAUGGCUGGUGUGAUGUGGCGAGCGCGCUUCUUGAACGACAGGCCGAUGUGCAUCAUCGAAGCGGAUCGCAGCUGACAGCCCUGUCUGCAGCAUGCAUGCGGGGGAGUGUGGCUUGCGUCGAGAUCCUUCUACAAGCCCAUGCAGAUCCCAACGAGGCUAGCAAGGGGCGCAGCGCGCUUGCCCUGGCUAGCUGCAUGCAUCCCACUGAGAAGACAGGUGCGGUGCAUUGCUGCAAUUCGGUGUACAGGAUGCAUGCGGCUGAUCACGUGGAUCUCAGGUGUGGCGCUGGUGAAGAAGCUUGUGGAGUUUCGUGCUGA